CUUUUCUUUUUUUCUUUUCUUUUCUUUUUUGUUUAUAGAGAAAGUAUGACAGGCCUAAAGUCCAAACAAAGGCCAUUCGGAGGAGAGGGUUCUCAAGAAAGGACACUCCAAAAGAUUUUAAAGUCUUGGUUCACUGUCAUAUUGACUGUUUUGUGUGGUUUUACACUUGCUUUUCGCUUUCACUAUACUGUGCCUGAACCAGCUAACCAUAAUGGAUAUAACGCAAAGACAGGCUUAUCUGAUUUCUCAGAAAGCAAUGCCAUAAACAUUAUUUCUCAUUUGAGUGAUACAAUUGGAUACCGUAUUGUUGGCACUAUCGAGGAAAAACAGACAUAUGAAUAUAUUCAUGAUGUAAUUUCACAAUACAAGAAAGAUGCCCAGGGCAUUGAAGGUUCACCUAAAUUUGAUAUUUGGGUCCAGCAAGGCACAAGUUCGCACCGUUUUGACAUCAUGGAUAAAAUGGUCUUGAAGGCUUAUACCAAUGUCACUAAUAUUAUUGUCCGUUUAUCUUGUCCAAUCGACCCUCAAUAUCCUGAUAAUCGUAGCUGUGAAGAUAAUGCUGUUUUAUUGAAUGCACAUUUUGAUACAACACUAGGUUCGCCUGGUGCUACUGAUGAUGGUUCAGGUACUGCUAUCAUGAUGGACCUUGUGCGUGUCUUGAGUAAGCGUGAUUGGACAAGCUAUAGAAAUGCUGUUGUAUUUUUAUUCAAUGGUGCUGAAGAAUCGCUACAAGAUGCUUCUCAUGCCUUUAUCACAAUGCAUGAGAUCAAAGAUAGUAUUCGUUCAGUUGUAAAUAUUGAUGCUUGUGGUACCAGUGGUCGUGAGAUCUUAUUUCAAGCUAAUUCUCGAGAAAUGAUUGAAGCUUACAAACAAGCACCUUAUCCUCAUGGCACUGUCAUGGCAAAUGAUGUGUUCCGUACAGGUUUGAUUCUAUCAGACACUGAUUUUAGACAAUUCGUUCAAUAUGGCAACUUGACAGGCAUUGACAUGGCUAUUUACAAAAACUCUUACUUGUACCACACUCAUCUUGACGUGACAAAACAAUUGGAACCAGGCGCUAUUCAACACUUGGGCGCAAAUACUUUGGCCAUUGUCAACUAUUUAGCUCAGAAUUCUUCCUUGACAAACAUUGAGCCUUCUAGUGAAGUUGUCUUUUUUGAUGUCCAAGGAUUCUUUUUCGUUGUUUAUUCAUGGGCUACGGCUUACACAAUUCAAAUGACAACAGUAGCAUUUGCACUUGUUUACUUUGUCUACAUCGUCAACAAGACACAUAGUUCUUCACCCUAUCGUUCAGUCAGCCACAUUUUGAUGUCUUAUGGUAAAUCAACUGUGUCUGUCUUUCUCAGUAUGGUUACUGCUUUGAUCUUGCCUAUCACGAUAGCUUUGUUGAUCACAUCUCAAGGAUUCAAUCGCCAUAUGGCUUGGUUUAAACACGAAUGGUAUGGUGCUCUUAUCUUUAGUCCUAUGGGCUUGAUUGGUGCUUAUGGUGUUCAAUACUUGUCUUAUUUCCUACCUGGUCCUGAGCAUUUUGAUAUGGAAUAUGGUACAUUCACUUCCUUGAUGCUCUUUUUUGCUAUUAGUACAGCCAUUACUACACAAACUGGUGUGGCUAGUUCUUACGUAUUUUGGCUUUAUUGCUUUGUUUUGUUUAUUACCUGUCUCGUGAACGAAUGGGGACUUCGUCCUCUUCCUAGCAAGAUUUACUUACCUCAGGUAGGUACCGCUGCUUAUAUUCUAUCUGGUUUUGUAUUGUCUUUGUUGUACUCUGACUAUGCCUUUGCUCUUGUUGAUAUCUUUGUUCCUUUGACGGGUCGUAUGGGUGUGGAUACGCCUGUGGAUGCUAUUGUGGCCGUUAUUUAUGGUAUGAUUAUCUUUAUGGUCUCAUUGCCUUCUGUUGCCCAUGUUCAUCGAUUUGGUAAGAAAGUCCUCAAGAAGAUCUUGGUUCUUUUGAUCUUGUUCCAAACUACUGUUCUUGUGGCUGUCUAUGUGAGCGGUGGAAGUUACGAUGGUUGGGCUUUUCCUUAUGAUGAACUUCAUCCCAAACGAUUGUUUGUCCAACAAUUGAAAAACUUGACAUCGGGUGAAAUUACAGUGGGUGUUGCACAAGCUGAUCACGGACCCUAUAUCCAGACAAUCGUUGAUUCAUUAGAACAUGAAUUGGAAGUCAAAGCCGAGAUUCGCGAUGCUUCGAGUAACAUGAAUGACUGGGAUUCUAUUUAUCCCUUCAGCGCCUUUUUAGGUGGCUAUCGAUUUGAUGUCAGUCCUUAUAUUCGUAAGCACACCUCAUUGUCUAAACUUAAAUCGGAUGCUCCUCUAAUGGAUUCACUCUCUGGCCCAUUCCCUGAAGUCAAAGUAUUUAACGAUAGUUAUGAUCCUGUGACUGGUAUUCGCUCACUCUCCCUUGUUUGUCUAUCUCCUUCUUAUACAUGGACUGUCAUUGCUUUUGAUGGCCACGUAGUUGAUUGGAGUAUUCAAGAUGAAAAGCCUUUGAGUACUUCCUCCCAUUAUGUUGUUCGUCAUGUAAGUGGCUAUGGCAAUGAUGGCUGGACCCUUGAUUUAUCUGUCAAAGUACCUGAGCAAGACAGAGCCAAGGCAGAGUCUGGAGAAUGGAAGAUCCGAUUUGAAUUCACUGCAUUAGAAAAAGAAGGAUUUGCUGGUAAAGGAGAAGAACGUAUGAUUGGCGAUAUUGGUAUUAUGUCUGUUGUGCGCCGUUCUUUACCUAUCUGGACAACAACAACUUGGCUCAGUUCUGUCGUUAAAGUCUGGGAUCUUUAAGG